AUGAUCAUUUCGAGUUCGCUCGGCCGUCGCCUCUCACCGUUCAUCGUCGGCCUCACUAGGGAGCAGGGCGUAGAGCGCUCCUGGAAACCGCUCGUCUUGCAGAUUCCCCCUCCAGCCCCGUUGUCUCUAGUGCUCUCCCUCACCCUCUUCCCUUCUCACCCGUGUGCCGCCGCGCGGAUGCACGUCUGUGUCGGCGCGGCCAACGACUGGCUCUGCCUUCUUUCGGAGCAUUGCGCAGUCGACCACGCUGCCGGGUUCCCGAUGCAACCAUCGACCACCGCUCGCGGCACCCACGGCCUCUCCCAGCGCGCUGUGGCGCUUGUGUCUGUCUGUAGUGCUGUCGCCGUCGCGCUGUGA